GCUCUUCAUAUUAGUUCCCACGCACACUCUCUUUCCCUGCGCCGUGCUGAGCUGGAAAUGGCUGUGGGUAGGAGCGCAGAGUUAUGAACGGGAAAAGAAAAGAAAGGAGCGAGAGAAGGACUACGCAGCGAGAAGUGAACCAAAGCUUUGCCACAAGUUUUAUUCGCACCGUGACGCCGUCGUUUGCAGAUAGUACGCCGCGCGGACCCCGGGUGCUACUUUUAAGCGUUAAAGCUCCGGAGCCAGAAGUGAGAAGAGUCAAGAAAUAUCCGCGGGUCGGUGGUAAUUCCUGUCCAGAACGUGUGGUAGAUCUGUGAGAACUGAAGAGGAUUAAAGACCGUCCCACUCUGCGUCCUCCAAUCAGGCCACUCGAUUUGACCGUAGAGAGCAGGCGACGCGGGGCCCUCGACUGACGAAAAUCUUUUACCAGGCUGCUCCAGUGGCACCCAGCCAGCCGGUUUUUGCUGCUUGAAAGAGCAUGUUGCCAACGCUCUCCCUCUGCUCCAUCAUCUGGCUCAACCGGGGUAUCAAGCUGAGGAAAGUGCACCAGUCCACCAACACCGGUCAGGUCUGAAUCCGCUGCCGCCGUGAGACGCAACUGCAGCGAAACACUACCGUACCAACUUUUAAAAAUGCUCCUAAGCUUCGGAUGACUUCCCCUCCUUCCCUCGUCCCCGUGACCCACUAAGCCAUUGUACCCACACCAGACUUUAGUGACUCAACGGCCAGUUUGGUUUCCGAGGAGGAUUUCUGUCUAGCUGAACCCUGUUGUUACUGUGGGACUCGGGCCGCAUCAUCUAAUCCUCUGUUCGGUGGCCAUUUUACUUUUUGCCCGGGCAACAAAAUGGCGGCGGAAGGUUUCCAGUACCGUGCCCUCUACACGUUUGCCAAGGACCAGGAGGAGGACUUGGACCUGCAGCCUGGAGACCUUCUGACGGUCAGCAAGGCUUCUCUGACGUCCAUGGAGAGCUACCAGGAGGGCUGUGUGGAGCACCCCGAGCGGCUGGGCUGGCUCCUCGGGUACAACGAACGCACCAAGCAGAGGGGCGAUUUCCCCGGGACGUAUGUCGUGUACGUUGGGCCCAUCAAGAUGGCGCUCCCAUCCAGCCAACCGAGGUCCCAGCGACCGCUCCCGGCUGCUCCUUCAACAGAGUUGUGUCAAGCUGUUUCUCUGCCAGACCUGAGCGAGCAGUUCACACCACCAGAGACGGCUCCCCCGGCCCUCGUCGACCUGAUCCAAGCCAUAGAGAAGAGAGGUCUGGACUGCAAGGCGUUGUAUCGGACCGCCGGCUCCCCGGGUUCAGACAGCCCCGUCUACAGCCUCAGCUCCGAGGGUGAGAUGAGUGAGAGGGAUGUAGGUUUUCUGUCUGAGAGCGUCCUGCACUACCUGAGAGACAUCCCAUCCCCUGUCAUCCCUGCCUGUGUCUACCCUCACCUUCACACUGCUGUCACGCAGCAGCAGCAGCAGGUCCUACAGCAGUCAGCAGAUGGGGCAGUAGCCGGCAGCCACGACAGAGAGGUGAGCCUGGUGCUCGAGAACUCCACCACCGUCCCUCUCCAUCACCGUCUCACCCUGCAGUACCUCCUCACACACCUGGCUAAGGUCACCAAGGCACAGGCCAGCAACGGCCUGGACACACACACACUGGGAAAGGUCUUUGGCCCACUGCUGAUACGCACAGGCCCCUCCAGCCCUGGGUUGUCUACAGAUGAGGAUUUCCCUGCCUUGGUUGUUGAGAGGCUGCUGAUAGAGAGAACCACAGAGCAAGACCUCACUCCUCCAGUUCUCCCAGCAAAACCAGCAAAGUCAAAAAUGACACCAUUGGCCAUGACGGAGACGAGCAGCCUGUUGAACGAUGCAGAGUGGUACUGGGGAGAGAUUUCCAGAGAGGAGGUGAACGAGAAACUGCGAGACACUCCAGACGGCACCUUUCUGGUUCGAGAUGCCUCAAGUAAACUGGAGGGCGAGUACACUCUCACCCUCAGGAAAGGAGGGAACAACAAGCUCAUCAAGAUCUAUCACAGAGACGGACGCUACGGUUUCUCAGAGCCUCUGAGUUUCCUGUCUGUGGUGGAGCUCAUCAAUCACUACCGCCAUGAGUCCCUGGCCCAGUACAACGCCAAGCUGGACACCAAGCUUCUGUUUCCUAUCUCCAAAUACCAACAGUUGGUGAAGGAGAACAGCAUAGAGGAGGUGGGAGAACAGCUGAAGGUCUAUCAUGAGCAGUACCAGGAGAAGAGCCGCGAGUACGACUGUCUGUACGAGGAGUACACACGCACCUCACAGGAGCUGCAGAUGAAGCGCACAGCCAUCGAAGCCUUCAAUGAGACCAUCAAGAUCUUUGAGGAGCAGUUUGAGACCCAGGAGCGAUACAGCAGAGAGUCUUUGGAGCGGUUCCAGCGUGAGGGCAACGAAAAGGAAAUUCAAAAGAUCCAGAGCAACUCGGAGCGUUUGAAGUCUCGAGUGAAGGAGAUCCACGACAGCAAGCGUAAGCUGGAGCAGGACCUGAGAGAGCAGGUGUCUGACAACAGAGAGAUUGACAAGAAGAUGAACAGCCUCAAGCCGGAUCUCAUGCAGCUUCGCAAGAUCAGAGACCAGUACCUGAUAUGGUUGACUCAGAAGGGAACGAGGCAGAAGAAGAUCAACGAGUGGCUCGGCAUAAAGAACGACGCUGAUGACUCGUACUCACUGGAGGAGGACGAGGGCUCACCCCACCACGAUGAGUGCACCUGGUACGUGGGUGACAUCAAGCGCAUCCAGGCCGAGGAAAUGCUGAGAGACAAAUGUGACGGAACCUUUCUCAUCCGUGAGAGCCAAUCACAGAAGGGCUCCUACGCCUGCUCUGUAGUUGUGGAGGGUGACACCAAGCACUGCGUCAUCUUCAAGACAGCCACGGGUUACGGAUUCGCCGAGCCCUACAACCUGUACUCGUCCCUCAAAGACCUGGUGCUCCACUACAAAAACGUCUCUUUGGUCCAACACAACGACCAGCUGAAUGUAAACCUAGCCUACCCAGUCCUGGCACGCUCUCAGAACCAGAACCAGCACCCCAGAUGAAUCAUCCACCAGCAGUGUAGGACACCAACCCGGGUGUGGAAACUAAACGUUCACUCGCAUACAUUCUGAGGAGGGGAAAAAAAAUCAAAAAAAAAAACUUCUGGACAAUGCUUGUUCAUGUUUUCAAAGCGGCAGGUAAAAAAAAAAAAAUUAUAAACGAUAACGUGUUUUUAGCUGGAGACUGGUGCUACUUUGCCACACUGACCCCAGUCCAGCAGGGAGGACUCCUUGCUCACAGCAUGGCUUCAUAAUAAGCACACUACUACUGAUAACGAAGCACUGUACAGUCGUCCUGGCUGUUACAGUUGUCAGCCGAGACUGUACAGUGUCAGUUAUGGAAAAAAAAAACAAAAAACGGUGUGAAACAUUCACAAGAAAACACAUUUGAUGAGCAGACCUAAUGUGUUCGAGAAGACAAAAUAAGCACACGUCAAUAUUUUUUUUUUUUUGUCAAGAUCGUGGUCAGGGAUGCUCAGAUGAUUGGAACAUGUAGAGGAGGCACUUUUAUUUUUUUUUUGCCUUGAACAUAAAUGUCCAUAGACAAAGGCCCGAUCUGUCACCCCCAGACUGCCUGCAAACUCUCUGUAGACAAAAGCCUGAGCUGUCAUCUGCUGAAAGGACUGGCUUGGCUAAACAAGGCUGUUGGCUUCACACCUAAAGGCGGCUGCGAAACCGCGGAAGAGAGUGUCGUGGCGGGGGGAGGGAAGGGGAGGGGGGGGGGCGUGUUGAUAUUUUAGGGGUUUUAAGAAGAUGGAUCCGAUUUAAAGCUUGCUUAAGUGCCAUAGUAAUAGCUUUGAAUGACCACAAGCCUGUGUCACAAGAACAAACAAAAACGGGGGGGGGGGGCACGUUGAGUUGAAAGAAGUAGGGAACGAACGUCUGUCGACAUAGACAAAGCUACAGCUUUAAAAGUUACACACAUAUAGGUAUAUUUUUAUGAAAUGAUCUUUAUUUCCAAGCGCUUGGGCUUGUUGCUCUCCCUCAGCGGGUCUUCUCCUUUUGUACUGAUGAGGUACAACACACAGUAAACGCUGUGGAACAGGAUGUGGCGCAUGGUACGUGUUUGGUGUAUUGUGAGUAGAGAAAUAUUUUUAAUCACAAUACACUAGAUGGAGAGGUACGCGGACACAUGCGGUUCCACGUGAUUCAGGUUUCCUUCGAAUGGAAAUGGUGGAAAGACUCCUGCGUCGGACGUCUCUUUGUUUUUUAACUUCUUCCUUCCUUUUUUCAUCCUCUUUAAUACUGUAGCACCUGUAGCCAUUGACUUAAGGCACUGUUAGUGCUCCUCUUACGUGUCCUGUUCCUAUACGCUACAGACACUUGCAGAGCAUCGACCUUCGUGAUUAUUGUAUCUUGGGUACUGUAUUUUGCUUCAUCUCUAGUUAGACUGUUGUCGUGGUACAGUGUCCUUGCGGAUGUUUAUCGUCGUUUUUAUUUCGUGCAGAUUUACCCACGGUACUGCUUCUCCCUCGCGCUUGACUGUUCAUUUCACCACGAGCUUGACUGACAGAGCUGUAGAACAUUGAUGUACAAACAACAACAAAAAGAAAAAAGAAAGCAGUAAUAUAACUCAUGUACAGUAUAUUUCAGACACACAUGCAGUCGGUGUAUGUGACUAUACGGUUUCAUCGCUGUGUUAUUUUAUGUUUGCAGAAUAUUUGCUAUGCUGUUAGAUUCUGCUUCAGGAUGCAAGCGUCCAACUAAUGUGAGCCAAAUGAAGGAUGACUUUUCAUGUAGCAAGAAGAAAAAAAAAAGAAAACAGAUCAGUCCUUUAGCCGCUGAGCGUGGCCUCUGUGGUCUGAGAGAUUAUCCAGUACAUUAUGCAUGGAGUCCUUCAUUUGGGUUGUUGUUUAUCUUCUUUUACUUGGACUAGUAGUUGAUAAUUGUGCUUCUUGUAGUGCAUAAACAGUAUGGUGUGUAGUCUCACUAUGCACAACACAGUCGUAUAACGCGUUUUAGAUUUACAGGCAGAGUUUCUCCUCCCUCCCCCUGCUCUGUGCUGUGGCAGUGAGUUGCUCCUCUUUUUUUUUUUUUCCUCCAUGUCCACGUGGCUUGAGGUAAAGAUUGUACCACCUCUCUUCAGUGUCACUUUUCAAAGCACAGGUGUGUAGAUGCAGGGUUGCUCAGUUAUUACUGUGGGGUCAAUGAAAAUGUUGCUUUUAAACUUGAUUCACGUCGUUGAUUUCUCGAGAUGAACAAAUAGAAAUAAUAAUAAUAAUAAUUUCUUACAUUGGCAGACUGAAAAUGCCAAAAACUAUUUUUGUAGAAGGGUGUGAACCAGUCAAAAGUAAUGGAUACUAGAGUGUUUUUGGAAAAAAAAAAAGUUUUUAAAGGUUAUGCAUUUUGGUUUAUUUGAAUUUUUGUCCCCUUUUUUAUUGGGUGAGAGAAAUUGAUGUUUCAUUUCAGUAAAAAAAAAUAUGCUGUCCGUUAACAGACUGAUACCUUUUUGAUCCUUUUUGAAUUGUGCCAUGAAAUACACAUAUAUAUAUUUGUCAAUUUAAAACUUAAUGUUGGAAGUAGAGUAAGACGUGGUUGUUGUAAAGAUGGUAAAGUACCAUUUGGUUUUGUUUGACUCAGUUACAGUAACAGUAUUAAUACCGUUAACCUUCACAGCCAUGUAUCUACAGUGUUUCUUGAUUUUCAGCCGCUCUUUGUAGCCAUCGUGUGGUCUAUAGAUUUACAUAUUUUCAGUCGUAUACUUUUUCACAACAAACUGCAAUUGUCCGUUGUCUUGACUCGCAGAUAUAUCUUUUGAAUUGGCAAACAUCCUAUGUUUAAUCCGUGGCCGAAUUCAGACAGGAUCAAAGAAUGAUUCGUCUCUCGAGAAGACUUCACCUCCCUGUUCACAUGCUCCAGUGUGAACACAAUCUUCCAGCAAACACAGCGUUUUCUUGAACGCAUCACACCUAUUUGUGAUCGCAAUUUUCAGGUAGCAACGUUUUUUUUUUGUUGUUUUUUCCAGUCAGACCAGUCUCGUCUUCAAAUGAAACCCAACUUGACCUGAAAAAUUUUGAAUCGUUUCGAUUUGCUGUCAGGAUGAAUCAGUCGUACUGUACUUUGCACACUUCUUGGCAAGUAAAACGUCCCAAGAAUCAAACUAGAGGUGAGAGCGGUGCUCCCGAUCAGAGGGCUAUCAAAAACAUGUGAGCGAGAAAGAUUAGAAGUGCCUUUAGUCAUUGUGACGAGCUCGUCGUCUCCUCGUUGUCGUUGGGGCGUUGCUCCACAAGAUGGUGCCACCGCCACCACACGUCGUGCCCCGUGGAUCACACACUUGCCAUUUAUCAAAAAACAAAAGGGUAGCUGGCAAACGAGCAUAAUUAUUGUGUGCAUCUGUGUGUGUGUGUGUGUGUGUGUGUGUGUGUUAGAGGAAAUCUGCGCAUGUUCUAGAUAAGAGUGACAGAUUUUAGCUGUUUCUCGUUGUUGUUGUUACAUUUACAGUUGUUACAUAUUCCUUCUUUCUACGGUGGAGGCUGUACAGUAGCUUGGUGCUCUCUCAAGCUAGCUUUCUUUGGUGGUGUUUUAUUAUUUUUUUUUUUUGGUAUGUUUUUUGACUACAACUCAGUUAAGAUAGAAAUGUGAACAAUACACACAUCCCAGACCAGUUGUUUGAAGCUAAAUUGAUAAGCUCCCAAGUUAAUGCAUGCAGCAUUUCUCAGUGUUUUUGUAUUAAGUUAGUUCCUUGGUGAUCGGGGGGGGGUCUGGUUGAGUCAUCCACCACUGCUGACACAUCCAUUAUCCAGUUUGUUGGACCAACACUUUUUUUUGUGACUGCACUUUUUUUUUUUCUCUCUCUCUCUCUGUUCCGCACACUCGAAGCAGUGUGUCGCCCAACAACAAUAAACUAACACACAGCGGUGACGCUCGGUUUGUCAAUAGUGUUCUUAGCUGGUAGUUUUUCAUACAGUAUAUCAGGAGUGAUUGAUACUUCCUUCGUGGUAUCCGAGUGUACAGUAUACAGUGUAUGCUUUUGUUGUUUUUGCAGUCGACGGCUGUCUUGUAAAUCUGAUGCUUUUGACUGAUUGCAAUGUUUUUUGUUUUUUUUUAAUUAUAAAGGUAGUUUUAAUUGAUGGGCUGUUUAAACUCGUAGUGCUUCUCAAACUGACUUUAAAGAGAGCUGCAGGUUCAUUACCCAGAUAAAUGACCCAAUCUGUCCAGAGUAACAGGAAGACUUUUUUGUUUUUUGACUUACUCCUGGUGAAAUUUACAAAAGCUGAUAGUAGUGUCAGCGGAUCUACUUCCUGUUUUUACCGUGGCUUUGUGUAUUAUCUUAUUCCGCUUAUCUCUUGUACUCUGGUGCUGGCACAGAUUUGAAGAACAAAUGUCUAAACCUCAGCAAGAAAGUGAAACUACCCGCAUGGUUACACACGGUUCCACAUAGAGUAAAUGCGAACUGUGUUGGGGGUUUUUUUUGGGGAAGAAAAAAAAAGUGUGCCAAUGGAGUGAAAAUAGUUUAUCUCAGAUUGGGUCACAAACCAAGUGGUUCUGCUUCCAUUUAAGCGAUUUGCUCAACUGUUUAGUUGCUUUGAGAGAAAAAAAAAAAACCUAAAGAGAUCUGAAUGGAUUCCUGCUUCACUUGUUAAGGUGAACGUUUUUUGCAGUGUAUUUUAAACACUCUCAUCAGCCAUAUAUGCCAUGUUACUCAGACGUUAAGGAAGCACGGCUUGUAGCAAAGAAACCCGGUCGCACAGUGAGACGGGCGUGAAAAGGGGCAGAAGAUGAAGACUUUAUUGCGCUUUGAAUUUAGGGUCGAAACCCUUGAACUCGAAGCUUUCAUCCUGCCCGUCCUUUAGAUAUGCAUCUUCUUCUUUUAGCGCGUGACAAAUUCAAGGAAUCCGAUAUUUUGUCACCGUUCUUUGGUACACUGUAAACGACACAUCUUGAGGCGGCCUCACGCGUGAAGCACACCUAUCACUGACGACGAAGAAACGCGUAUAUCUUGACGUCCGUUGCGGUCUGAGGCACGAGAGACGUACUAGAGAAUAAAUAUUUUCAGAUAUAUACUUAGAUAUCUAUAUUUUUGGAUGAUUUCGUUCUGAUUUGGGCCGCGUUUGAAACCAAUCAGAAGGAGGCUUUGAUGUGAACGCGACCUUUUUAGACUUGCUCCACGGCUGCUUUGCGCCCGAGCGGUUACUGAAAGCGUUUUUACUAAUCGGCCGCAGCGAGCGUCGCCGCCGUCGCCGACCCCCGUGGUCUCCGCUCGCGGGCGUACAUGUAAUGUACGCAGCGUGAUCACCGGGGGGCGUUCAGAGGACGGAGCGAGCUCGUGUACAUGUGUUAAUAUUUACAGAGCUGAGUCUAUAUGUUGAAUGCAGUCUUGGCUGCUUUUGCAUUUAUUAAAUAUUAGAGUUGUUUUGUUUUGUUUUGUUUUGUUUGUUUGUUUUCUUUGAACGUGAGAAUCUGUCUUGUCAUUUGAAAGGUUCCGUGUGUCUUCGUGAGUAGAGGCAGUGUUAAAAGUUGCACCACAAAAGAUACACUUGAUGCUGCCGCAGAGAUCGGACACUGAUGCUGUAACAGAGUGAACCAUCUUACCACUGUAUCUCAUUUUGGUACAUCUCUGUGGUCGCUGAAGGAGUUUUAUUUUUUGUUUUUGUUUUGUUCGUUUUACCUGGACUUAAAACUCAAAGACAGAAAAAAUAUAUAUUAAUAGAGGUGAAGGUACACAGUUUAACGGUUCAUGAUCACUCCUUUACGCAGAUCUUUGUACGUAUAACAAUGAUGGCAUUAGAAAGUGAUCUUUUAUGGUGCCUGAGUAUAUGUCUUUUUGUUUUUGUUUUUUUUGUUUAAUUUGGCUUUUUUAAAAAGCUGAUAGAUUUUGUCUGUCCAAGUGUUUAUUGUUUUUCUGUUUGUUUAUAUCUGUUAAUGAUAACCUUACAGAGCCUAUAAAGAAAAAAAUAAGCUAGCUUGAAACAUUUUUCCUCCAUACAGAAAAAAAAACAAAUACAAAUGUUUACAAUAUGUAAUUAACCAAAUAGUAAAUACGCGUAUGAGAAUCUAUCUGUCUGUCCCUCAAAGUGGCCGCGAUGGAUUGAUUUUAUAUUUCUUUAUUUCCUCUGUCGUUUUAAACUUGAAGAUGUUAUGACUGCUUGUUUUUCCUGUUUCAGUUUGUUCCUUUUUUUUUUUUUUUUUUUUUUACUUGUGAGAACAGUGCUCCCUCGAAUUUCAAAACAAUAACUCAACGAUAGAGCGGGUUCAUUUGUCCGUAACUCGUCCGGUACUCAUCGGCCUUCGUCACUCUAUUACCUGCUGACUACUUCAUCUUACACUGAGCCUUGUAUGUGCUGAAUCCUGACUUGAGACUUCCCUGUUGAAUCCUUUGCUGUUUAUAUUGUUAUGCACAGUAUGGUAGAUUCCACUAAGACUCUGCCUGGCGUUUCUCCAGUGAGGACUCGGCUCGAAGAAUUUAUCGGGGGGUGAUACCCCCGCGUGUUGUGAAUAACAGUAAAACAAAAAAAAAAAAAAAACACGCCACUUGGUGAACAUACUUGAGUACAGUUUGAGUACAUAAACAGAAAUUCAGGAAUAAUAUCAAGAGGCAUCCUAUUCUUGAUUUUGCACUACACAGCAAAUGAUAAUUACACAAAAAGCUGAAUCGAUCCGUUGGCGGACUAAGUUUAAGACCAAAUUUAGCCAAUAGGGUCUCAGCUUCCAUGUAAAAUAUGACGAAGUUAACGGCUGCACUUUCAUUUCCCCCCUUUUUGUUCUGUCUUUAUCCAGUCACGCCCACCGUCACUUCUCUGUCUGAAGGUUCGCCGUCUGCAAUCAGAUGCGCGCGUUGUAGUAUUUCUCGCUGGUGUACAGUAGUUCACAUUCACGGUCCGGCUCUCCGCGUUGGAGACGAGAUUGGCAGUGGUCCAUUUUCAGACUGCCCGGGCAACAUUGCAGAGCAGCAACAAAUUGGAAAAAAAAAACACACACACAUAAAAAAAAAAAAAUUUCCUCACAUUGUUUCAGCAAUCACAUGAAACACCCGUGACUCAACAAUGCUGUCCCACUAGUUGCCUUGAGUAUCACAGGCUUCAGCAACAGAUGUGUAACUAAUGAUUAUGCUUCACUAUGUUUUCUUUCAAAAUCGGUGAAUGGCAAUAGAUGGGGCAGUCAUACAAAGCUACUCUACACCAAAGUGCAAUUGAACGCAGAGGGAGCACUGUUGUUUCAGCCAGCGGAGACCUGCUGGUUGCAGCAUGCCCAACCCCGAUGCACGAAGAGAUGGUUGUUCUUUUGUGUUAUCCUCCCUCCGUUGGCCUGUCUUAACUCAGAUGCGACGUUUCUUUCUUUCUUUCUCUCUCAUGUACAGCUUGCUUCAGAGUUGUGUUUGUCCUCAGACAGGUACUCUUUGAUCUGUACGGUUCUUUCUUUAGGCUGAUGCAAUGAUUUUAAAAGACAAUAAAAGGUAUAUAAAAUGA